UAAGUUUGACUCGUGUCAUCAUUUUCUAACUUUAAUAUGGCCUCAGCCCAGGCUAGGUUUUCCAUUAUACCUUAACUAUAAACACAAUUAUGGGACAUUUUUUUAUAAUUUUUUUUUUGGAACAAAAAAAGAAAAUCUAAGAUCCAUCUUUGAUUUUGUUGAUCACCCUUUUGACCCCACAAACAAAACAAAAACAGCCAAUGGAAGCACGCAAAUCUCUCGCUCAAUAAUUUCCAUUUACACUUUGCAUUUUUGCAAGCAUAGCAACCCCCUCGAAAGCAGGAAGUUAAAGGUAGAGAAAAAGAUAUAGAAAGAGAGAGAAUAUUGCAAGAAUAUUAUUGAAAAAAAAGAGAGAAAUAAUAAUACAAAGAAAAAAAUAAUAACAAUGGCGGCAUAUAGGGCUGAUGAUGAUUAUGAUUAUCUGUUUAAGGUUGUAUUAAUAGGAGAUUCUGGUGUUGGAAAAUCCAACCUUCUUUCUCGAUUUACUCGAAACGAAUUCAGCCUUGAAUCCAAGUCCACCAUUGGUGUCGAAUUCGCUACUCGUAGCAUUCGGGUUGAUGAUAAGAUUGUUAAGGCUCAAAUUUGGGACACUGCUGGGCAAGAAAGGUACCGUGCAAUAACGAGUGCAUACUAUCGAGGAGCUGUUGGUGCAUUGGUUGUCUAUGAUGUUACCCGCCAUGUCACGUUUGAAAAUGUGCAAAGAUGGCUUAAGGAACUCCGUGAUCACACAGAUUCCAACAUCGUGAUCAUGCUUGUUGGGAACAAGGCUGAUUUACGUCACUUGCGUGCCGUCUCUGUAGAAGAUGCCAAAGGCUUUGCUGAAAGGGAGAAUACUUUCUUCAUGGAAACAUCUGCCUUGGAAGCAUUGAACGUCGAGAAUGCCUUUACUGAAGUUCUAUCCCAGAUAUAUCAUGUUGUGAGCAGGAAGGCGCUCGACAUUGGAGAUGACCCAGCAGCAUUGCCUAAGGGACAGAACAUAAACAUUGGCUCCAAAGAUGAUGUAUCAGCGGUCAAGCAAUCCGGAUGUUGUUCCAAUUAGUCAACAAAAAGGGGGGGGGGGGGGGGGGGACAGA